AGUUGUUGAAUGAGAAGCAGUAAAACGCGAGUGGCCGAAAAGGCUGGUUCAUGGUACACAAAAGAGGGGCCUAAAUUGAAGAAUGAGUUGAAUUCAUGGCUCGAGAAUGCCCAUAAAACGUGCAAUCAGAACCAUAGUGGCGGGUCUGAUCCGCGACGCGCUGGGGGGAAUAAUCAGAGACUGAAGGCAAUAAUAUCACCGCACGCGGGAUACGUGUACUGCGGCGUAACAGCUGCUUUCGGCUUUAGUCAAAUCAAUGCCGAAGAAGUUGACAGAGUUUUCAUUCUCGGACCAUCCCAUAGAAUGUACUUGGAAGACUGUGCUUUGACUGGACAUCAGUUCUAUGCGACACCUGUCGGCGACUUACAUAUAGACACUGAGACUGUUGCUCAAUUAAGAAAUACCGGACAUUUCAGCGAGAUGUCGAGUAAAGUAGAUAGGGAAGAACACUCGAUUGAAAUGCAACUACCGUUUUUGGCGCAUGUGCUGAAUAGUGCCGGAGAGGGUCAUUUGGAACGGGUGAAAAUAGUGCCUAUUUUGGUUGGUGCUCUGAAAGAAGACCGGGAGCGAUUCUACGGUCAGGUGCUCGCCCCUUUUUUGCUGCAGCCGAGGACAAUCUUCAUCAUAUCAUCCGAUUUCUGUCACUGGGGCGAUAGAUUUAGCUACACUCCGUACCCUGACAAAAACGAGGGACUUCCCAUAUACCAAUCAAUCGAGCGACUGGACAGGGAAGGAAUGAGUAUAAUCGAGUCCAUUAAUAUGAGUAAUUUUUCCAAGUACAUUCAACGAACUAAGAACACAAUAUGUGGAAGACAUCCCAUUGCCGUUCUCUUGGCAGCGGUCGAAGAGCUGAAAAGCAAACACCUAAAUGGAACGAAAGUAGACAUUCGGUUCCUCCAUUACUCGCAAUCUGGACCUGUGAAGAAAUCGCACGACAGCUCAGUUAGCUACGCGGCUGCUAAAUUGACAUUCACGGGCUGAUCUUCAAUUUAAUGAGAGUUUAAUAGUUUGCCAUGUAUCUUUUGAGACUGUAGCUUAUUUAAACCAUUUUCGACGUCCCCUAUAUGUUUUUCGCUAUGCAUAAGUUUGCUUCAGUAAUUUAAUUUUUCUAGAAAAUUUUUGCAAAUGAGCUCAAAAUGCGUAUUGUUUUUCGAAGCUUGAAAAUAUAUUACGGCGACGAAAAAGUACAUUUGUUUUGCAAAAUUGA